CCCUCUAGGACCUGAAUUUGACACCUAUGCUUUAAAUCGUUACCGUGCUGCUUUCAAAGUCCUCCGGAAGAAUGCAAAACUGAACGGAACAGGCGAGUUAGUUGCCUCUAUUUCAUUGUUGCGACAUGUUGACACAAUGACGCGGUGGGGCGGAUUUUUAAUCUGUCGAAACAUUUGCGCAAACUUUAACAAUGACUCAUUUUGAGGUUUUAUUUGCCGACUACUGGCGUCUUUAUAAGCAUUUCUAGGCGAGGCGGGGAACACUUGAACGCAACACUGUGCUACUUUUACUUUCGGUGCUUUUAUUUGAUUUUGUGACGAGCCAUCUUUUGUUUUUUGCCAUCUAGUGUAAAGAACUACCAGAUUCCCCACUUUUACGAUGAUAGUCAUCAUAUUCAGCUGCUUAAUAUUGUAUGCAGCAAAGCCUGCAAGCACUUCCUGCCCACUAGAAAUAACUCCUAACUUUGUGCUGGUGCCUUUCGGCGGCUCCAUCUCAGCUGUAUGCAAGUCCUUAUCCAGUCAAUUGAAGGGAAUGGGCUGGGAGUCGUCAUUUGGAGGCACGGGACUGGUGAAGGGUGUGUCGAACCUCACCUUGAAAAUAGAUUCGUUGCAAAGUUGGCACGUGAGUCCCAUCUGCUUUGUCAAUCUGAAUGGUUCUCAGUGUACGAAGGAUUUACCCGUCACCGUCUACAAAAUGCCGGACAAUGUGUCCAUAUCACUGGAGAGUCACGUUGGCCCCAUGUCAGAGCUUGAACCCUUUGUCGUGCGGUGUGAAGUCAAUCAGAUUGCGUCAAUACAGAAUGUCUCUUUGGAAUUGCUCAACGGCAAUGAAAGAGUGUCCAAUAUAUUGUUCAAUAAUUUUGACAACAAAGAGCCAGUUUCCAAAUCCUUCUACUUUUUCACGUUAUCAAAGAGAGAGUAUAAUGGAGCGCAAUUCCGCUGUAAGGCAAGGAUCGACCUUGGCCCAUUGGGGCACCUUCCAGAGAUGUCCUCGGAGCCGCUCGAGCUGAUUGUGCAUUACGCGCCGACCUUCAGCCAACCAACGAACGAGACUCUGACGCUCCAAGUUGGCAGCCAAAUGAGUUUAGAUUGCAGCGCCUCAGGAAACCCACUGCCGGAAUACAGCUGGAAGAUGCCUUACACGUCGAAAGUUCUGACUGAAACUCAAUCUGUUUUCAACUCCUCUUUCAAGCAUCCGGGCCCCUACGAGUGCACCGCCGCAAACUCUCAGGGAACCAUCACCAAGCGCUUCACGAUCACCCAAGCUCCAAGACCUCGAAGAACCUUGGCAUUGAUGCUCGGACUGUUUGUGGGCCUGGCAGUCAUGCUCUGCAUUUUGGGAUAUUUUUUUGUCACUCCCCAAGGGACAUUUUCUUCCAAGAAGCAGAGUUAUACUCCUGGAUCAGCCACGUCAGCUCCUGUAUGAUCCGUGCUUGUUUUUUUUUUUUUCCUUUUUCUACAUUUUUACAACUAAUUUUACUAUGCAAUUGUGGCUCUGCAUGAGCUUUUGUAUGACUGAGCUUUUUGUAUAUUGUGUGUGUGUGCGUGUGCUUGUGUGCGCUGAGUAGCCUGGAUGCAAAUGCCUGUUUUGGGCUAAUUUGCCAAAGAGACCAAGUGAAGUCCAAUUUUCACUACUCAACCACAACUUCUGGGUUCCAAAUUGCACAUCCAUCCAUCUAUGAGGUACAACUGAACCGUGUAGCCGCCGUUUUUGCACUUAUUUUCUCUUUGUGUUUGCUGCACCUUUUUAUAUCAUUGUUUGUAAACCUAAUUGCAUGAUUUUCAAUGCUUCUUGUCCACUUCUGGUUCGGUUUUGCACUAUAAACACUGACCUGUGAAUUUGCUUCUCCCCAUUGUGUUAUCAAGAAAAUCAUCCAUUUUGUUGUACUUGACAAGCAUUAAAUGCGCAUCGAUAGUGCUUUUAAUGUCAAAAAUGAAA